UAUACUAUUAAUAAUUCCCUCACAAUUCUUCUUCUCCUUCUUCUUCUUCUUCUUCUUCUUCUUCUUCUUCUCGCUGAUGGCUCGUAAUCUAAUGACUACUGUGGCUUUAUUCAUAGGCUUAACUUUACAGUAUUUCAUAAUCACGGCAUUUGCUUGCAGUAGUGGGCAAUGCAAGCUUCAAGAUCAAUGCUCUUCUGAUGCAGAUUGUGAGGCUGGGCUUUAUUGCCUGUCUUGUUCUCGAGAAUUUGAAGGUUCAAGAUGUGUAAGAUCAACCAUAACAGACCAAUUCAAGCUUUUGAACAAUUCUCUGCCUUUCAACAAAUAUGCAUUUUUGACAAGUCAUAAUUCAUUUGCCAUUAAAGGAGAGCCAUCUCGUACUGGAGUUCCUCGACUCACCUUCACAAAUCAAGAAGACACCGUCACACAACAGCUAAAUCAUGGAGUUCGAGCAUUAAUGUUGGACACUUACGAUUUUGAUGGAGAUGUAUGGUUAUGCCACUCGUUCAAGGGCAAAUGCCGGGACUUCACAGCAUUUGAACCUGCUAUAGAGACGUUAAAAGAAAUAGGAGCCUUUUUAGCAGCAAAUCCAUCAGAAAUUGUAACGCUGAUCCUGGAAGACUACGUGAAGACUCCCAAUGGAUUGAGAAAGGUUUUUAAAGAUUCGGGUUUGAUGAAAUAUUGGUUUCCAUUGUCAAAAAUGCCUGAAAAUGGACAAGAUUGGCCACUAGUUAAGGAAAUGGUUGCCAAUAAUCAGAGGCUUAUCGUCUUCACUUCUGUCAAAUCCAAGCAACAAACUGAAGGAAUAGCAUAUCAAUGGAACUUUAUGGUCGAAAAUCAAUAUGGGAAUAAAGGGCUGCAUGAGAACUGUAAAAACAGAGAAGAGUCAUCAACACUUGAUGACAAAACUAAGUCUUUGGUUCUUGUAAAUCAUUUUGGAUCAAUUCCUGCGAGGACACUUGCUUGCGGGUUGAACUCUGAAAGUCUUAUCAAUUCCCUUCACAAAUGUUACACCGCAUCCGGUAAUCGAUGGGCUAAUUUUAUCGCUGUUGACUAUUACAAGAGAAGCAAUGGAGGUGGAGCAUUUGAAGCCGUAGACACACUAAAUGGAGAGCUAUUGUGUGGCUGCAGUGAUGUACGCGCUUGUGCGCGCGAAUCACCGACAAGAUGUACUCAUUAAGGAGGAAAAAUAGACAAAAAAUUGUAACUCUCUUGAGAGUGUAUAAAUUAUUAUUAAUUAUUUAAUUUAUGUAUUAUCAAUUCAAUUAUCUCGAAAGUAAGUCGUUCUACUUCAUUAUGUAAGAAAGGAACUUACUUUAUAUAAAGCUUUGUAAGUUG